AUGCAAGUUAACGAACUUAAAAACACCCGCUGUCAGAGGAAAAACAAUUCGAUUGAACGUAUUACCACGACAAUAUGCCAACAACCGGUCAGUAAGUUUGAACCCGGUUCCACAAGGCAGCCUCUUUCCCAUAAACAACUUUCUCAGGAGUACGAACGUUCCUCUUCAUUGAGUGAGCUAAUUGACCCCAACCCUCAUCCAAAGGAGAUCUUAGAGGCAGCCAUAGGUCCAUCAGUUCCUGUUGAUCGUUUCUUAGCCUCGAAAAUGACUGUCGCUUCUGUGAAGUCCGGUAAUUCCAUUUAUGAUAGAGUUGCCGCAGCCCUCAAUCAUUCGGAAAUCACCCCUGCCCAAAUCUUAGGACUCACGCCUGAUCAUCGCCGACAUUCGGCCUUUGCAUCUACUACAACUAACGUUACCUCCUCAACAGAUCACAUAAAAUCCACCUCCGGGUCAAGUCAGUUAAGUUCGGGAUCGUCAUACACAGGAUCUCUUGGUAAGCACCAAGCAAUGAUUGCCUCGACUACUCCUUCAGGAUCAAUUACCGCGGGGACAUCCACUUCCUCUAAGUCACAUGUCUCAACUCAUGUGAGACAAAGACUCAAAGAUUGUGUGCUUAACAAGAGAAGGAGUAAAGAAAGUGCAACAACUGGAUCAGGAACAGCCUCCUUUAUCUCUCCUUCCAUGGAAAUGGAUGAAGAUCGAAAUACCACGCGUCGAGAUUCGCAUACUGGAGAUGCCGAAAGUGGCUUUGCUAUUGGAGGCUAUGGCCUUCCGCAAAUGAUGUUUCUUCCUGGGCAUUUAGCUGCUGGACAACAAGCUGCAGCAGCAUUCUUGCCCGAUAUUAGAAAGAACUUCGCAAAUCUGCCAUCUUGGGUACUUGUUGCUCUGUCUGCAGGUCAGGAAAUUCGUUCCAAUGUGGACGCCCAAGUGUCUCAACCAAGAAAUUCAUCAACAGUAUUGAGAAAGACCCUCUCUGAGCCAAGUUUAAAGAUUCGCGGAUGCAGUGGUGUUUUGAAGCAUAAGAAUAGUAGAAACGACAGGCGUGGGGUAAAUGCGCUUGCAGUAGCAGCAGCUGUUGCAAGCUCUGCUCCCUACUUCGCAAAUCAAAUACGUGGACCAAGAAGUAUUAGCGAGGCAGGAGAUAUCGGUCAGUGUUUGGGUGGUCACAAACCAACCUCUCGACCCCUACCCACCCUAUCACUGUUAGGGUUAGAAAACAAAGAGCUGUCGAAACAUUCCGAAGAAUCCACUAUUACCCCCAUGGAAGUGGCCAAUGAAGCUGAUUCACAGGCAGCAACCGGAAGCGUGAAUCUUAGAACAAAUGAUGUUGAUAUGAGCGAGACCACAAACGCUGUCUCAAAACCCUCUCAGUUAACAGAUGAAAGCGAGGCUAUUCAAGAGUUUCUUUCUUCCUUAGCUACAAAUCCAGGUGCCCUGAGUGGAGGAAUUUUCAAGACAACCCAAAAUUAUCUCAACCUCGUUCGAGAGUAUAUGAAACACGCAAAUAAGAAGAAUAGUCGAGGGGGUAGUCCAAAGAAUCCGGAACAAAUGGUGGCAGAAGAAGAAAUGAGAGAAGGCGCUAGGAAUCGACACCAACCUAAUCAAGCCCCGUAUAGACGAUGUCGACAAGUAUCAGGACUGCUUAGUCGAACGAGAUCAGCCCCGAUUCGGUUAACCGGAAAUAUUGGUCGUGGAAAUUUUGGAGCUUCCACGAGUUCUGAGGGUGUUGGUUUGAUGGAAAAUCAAAGCGCAGCAGCUGGAGCUCUCUUGUCGGCAGCGUCAGCUAUUGCUAUGGAAGCUGCAACUUUGACGUCCACUUCAAACUCAAAAGUCAUCGGCAAGUCAAUGGUUGGCGGUGGUGCUCCUGAAGACGAACAGCGAAGCAAGAUCAUGCAGCAGUUACGGAGGAAAUUGUUAGAAAAGAGUGAAUCACCCAUUAACGAGCGUUAUUCGGGUUCAACAAACAGUGGAAACGCGUGUGAAGCUUUCACAAACAAAGGAGGCCAUCAGAACGUCAGCCCCCUUCUCGAAAGAACAGCUUCGAGUCCUGUAGUGACCUUGGCGAGAAGAACAACAACCGAAGCUCAUGGGAACACAGCAUUCACAACUGUCCUGGCCUAUGAUGUGGGUAUGCUGGCACAUAGAUGUACCUGCCAGAUCGAUGCGAAUCAUCCCGAAAACCCUACGCGACUAGUCGCCAUAUGGCAGAGGCUUCAGUCAACAGGUCUGGCCGCAGAAUGCCAGCAUCAGCCAGGAAGACGAGCGGCUCUAACUGAACUUCAGUUGGUACAUCGUGACAUAUAUACCGUUCUCUUCGGCAGCAACCCAGCCAGUCGAUCUCGAAUUGAUCCUGCACUGCUUGCUACGGUCCGGCUCUGUCGAUUGCCAUGUGGGGGUAUCGGUGUAGAUUCGGAUACCGCUUGGCACACGGCCGGACAUACAGCUCAUGCAGCCCGACUAGCUACAGGAUGUGUCAUUGAUCUGGCUUGUCGUAUCAUUCUGCGUCAAGCACCCAAUGGAUUUGCUCUUGUUCGACCACCCGGACAUCAUGCUGAACCUGGUCAAGCCAUGGGUUUCUGUUACUUCAAUUCUGUUGCUGUCGCCACGAGAAGAGCCCAACUUAUUCGAGCCAUGAUCCCAUCUUUUGAUGAUAAUGCUCCCACUUCAAACACAAAUACAUAUAACGCAUCGGCUCUCCAAAGUCUCGAGAAGGCUGGAGCAACUGAAAGAACUAAUGAGCACCAAAUGGCUACUAAAAUUCUAAUUAUAGAUUGGGAUGUCCACCAUGGUAAUGGAACCCAAACCAUGUUCUACGCCGAUCCUUCGGUACUCUAUAUUUCUUUACAUCGGUUUGACGAUGGUGCAUUCUUUCCUGGAACUGGAUCAAUAGAUGAAAUCGGAACUGGAAUGGGCAUUGGAUUCACGAUCAAUAUUGCAUGGCCCAAAGGAAUCGGAAUGGGAGAUGCAGAAUACCUAGCGGCAUUUAGGUACAUUGUUCUCCCAGUCGCCAAAGAAUUCAAACCCGAGAUGAUUUUGGUGUCUUGUGGUUUUGACGCGGCUCCAGGCCAUCCAGCAAACUUGGGAGGUUACAACGUAAGCCCAGCAGCUUUUGGGUGGAUGACACGUCUGUUAACUGAUCAUGAAAUCGCUGGUGGUCGAAUAGCUCUGUGUCUUGAAGGAGGCUAUGAGUUGAACAGUCUUUGCGAUUGCUCUGAAGCCUGCAUUCGGGCAUUACUACGAGCGACUUAUGAAAGAACAUCGGGCCUGCAGGACGCUCCACUGCUAAACCGUCUACCUGACUCGGAAAGAACCCGAGAACCACAUCCUGCAGCUCUAGAAACUCUGAAAUAUGUUGCUAGGCUACACUCCCCCCAUUGGAAAUGUCUCUCAAAUGCUGAAAUAAUGAAUACUCCCGCUGCCACUUGGCUACCAUUAGGUGAGGAAGAAGAAAGAGCUAUCAUUCAGCCUACUUUAAAGUAUCAAACAGUGAAUCCAACAGAACAGUGUAGACGAGCGUUAGGAAAGUUGGAUAGUAAGAACAAGCCAAGCUCAUGGCCUGAGACUGAACUGGUACUUGAGUCAGGUAAUAGUGGUUACCAACAAGCGAAUCAGCGUAAAUUUGUGAAACAGGCCUGUCUAGAAGUAGAUGAUGUUGUCUUGAUUUCAGAGGAUGUUCCACUAGAUAUGACGGCAAAGGCAAUGAAGCAGCCUACUCAGAAUGUUGCCAUGCAGCCACCGGCUUUGAGUAUGGAUGCAGAGAUAAGUGAGACCCCAGUAGAACACACUGAUCCAAUUGCAGCUGCUGCUCUCGCCGGUCUAGCUGAACUCCACGUGACUCCCCACAUUACAAGAUAUAUGUGA